CGGCUCUGUUCCAUUACAUUCGUCUGUUUUCUGAUUACCUGUUUGCGUCGGGCCGACUCUUCUGAAACACAAUUAUCUCCCCUCUCCUGUCAUCCGAUCACUGUGGGGCUCGUUAAGAGCUGCGUGCAAGCCAAUCAGAAACGGCCGCCGGCCACCUGCAGGAAGUUGGCCGUCCACUUAUCUCCUCCCUCCUUCGGCUGCAGACAGAUAACAGCAGCAACAGUUGAACAGAGUGGCAGCUCCUCAGCACCGCAACCUGAUGGACACCAAAACAGUGUAACGGUCUCCUGAGCAGCUCGGAAACAGGCUCUGGUCGUUGUGUUUCGGGACUGGCUGAGCCGAGGUUAGCGCGGCUCAUAAAAAAGUUGCUGUGAUAGAAAGAGGAAGGCUGCGGGACUAAAGACGCGAAGCUCUCCCCUAGUUUGGAUCCAGUGCGCAGCAGCGGUGAUCGGCAUCAUGAGCGUCCCGCUUUACGCACCGACCCCAAUUCAGCCGGCACACCCGACCCCCUUCUACAUCGAGGACAUUCUGGGGAGGACCUCCACCACCACCUCCACAUCUCCGUCCUAUUCUUCAUCGCCAACGUCUUCAUCUUCCUGCUCCACUCCGGUCAUCCCCACACCGACUCUCCCGUCUCCCAACUCGUCCUUCAAAAGUUUGAUCUCGCCGUACCGAACCCCGAUCUAUGAACCCACGCCGAUCCACCCUGCGCUGUCGCACCACGCUGCGCUGACGGCGACGUACGCCUCGGCGGGGGCUUUCACCGGCUCCUUUUACCCAUUUCACCAGCAACACCACCGCUCCAUGGGGGAGUACGCACAGGCGCUGCUCAGGCACGACCCUCUCGGGAAGCCUCUGCUGUGGACGCCGUUCAUCCAGCGGCCCUUACACAAGAGAAAAGGCGGCCAGGUGCGCUUCUCCAACGACCAGACCAUCGAGCUGGAGAAGAAGUUUGAGACGCAGAAGUACCUGUCACCUCCGGAGAGGAAACGCCUGGCCAAGAUGCUGCAGCUCAGCGAGAGACAGGUUAAAACCUGGUUCCAAAAUCGACGUGCGAAGUGGCGAAGACUAAAACAGGAGAAUCCUAAGAGGGAGGUGGAUGAUAACAGUUCCAGAGGUAAGAAAGGAGAUGAGAUGAUGGAGGCUGCCGGAAUCCAGAACCAGGAGCAGAGACAGCCAGGCUCGGCUCCCGAGUUGGCGCAGGCGGGACACUGUGUGUCCUCACAGCAGGCCCACACAGAGCUGGACUCUGACGUGUCAGACGACACAGACCAGGAACUGGACAUAGAGGACGACGAGGACUUCACACUAAACUCCCAGUUCUGAAACACAGGCUCCAUAAAGAAACUGCCUCGGACACUGAAGCUCUCAUGCGUCCUCGACUGUCGGGUCGCUGUAACUCCUUCCUCCUCCUCCUCCUCCAGCCUGGUGACUUGCAGAUUGAUAGACUGGUUCCUGAUGUAAUACUAAGACAAGUCAGCCCCUCAAACCCGCGUCCAGAGUGCCUUUCAUCAGAACUGUCUUCUUUGUUGAACCUGUGUAGAUAUGCGUAAUGUUCUGUGACUGUGUUUGUUUGUGUGUGUGUGUGUGUGUGUGUGUGUGUGUGUGUGUGUGAGAGAGAGAGAUGUUCUUCAGAUGAAUAGUAUGCCUGUAGAUCAGUUUCUCUGUACUGUAGCAUAUACGUGUUUUUAUAGCGUGUUUUUUAGUUCUUUUUGUUUUGCGUGUGUGUGUCGGCGUGUGUGUGUGUGUGUGUGUGUGUGUUUUAUGUGACAUUUUAUUAAAUAAUCAAUGUAGCGCAAAUUCAGUUUUGUCUGAUGUCUAAUAAACUAUUUUAUGACAAUCAAUCUAAA